GGUACAAUUUUGAUUUUUUGUGUAAGCAGUAGGAGUAUUCGGUUAGUACUCUGUCAACUCGAAAAUGCAUCUUAGAAACAUAUAUGCAAGGACGACAAUGUUGCGGCUCAUAUGAUGGAUCAACUUGAGACUCGCUACGAUGAACGCAUUGUUUGGUAUGAUAGACCUCUGAUGAUAUUGCUGGAUCAAUUAAGCAUGGAUAAUGUAAUAGCUUUCAUGAUCUAAUAAAAUCUUACAAGUUUGUAGAAGAAGAAAAAAAGCUAAUCUAUGAACCAAAUUAGUUCACUUUUGUUCAUAAAAUUUCAAUAUUGGUGAGAGAGAUUGUAGUGAGGGAAAAUAGUGAGAGAAAAUCCUUUGAAGGCAAUUUGUUCGUCUGGUUUCGGGCUUCGUUUCUGGCGGAUCACGCCGGCACUUGCGCCGGUGUUCUACUUCUUCUUUUUGGUGGUAAUGAGGAGUAAUGGUGGAUGCGAUCCUAUGACGACUGAGGGGAAGCCGAUUAAGCCAUGCGCACAAUUGUUCGGAAUAGUGGAGGAAAAUCGGCUUUGCUAUGUAAAGCCCGAAGUCGUUAGUGGGGGAUUGCGGAUUCCAAAGGAGGUUCGAGAUGGUGGAGCGGCGAAGUGCAAACUCUAUCUCGUCGAUCAGUUCCUCCAAUCUCCUCCGGCGUUGUUGGUGAUUCGUCUCUGGGAGAAAUUGAAUCUGGGGGCGUGAUGGUUUGAUUAGGGUAUCGCUGCUCUACGAUCAAUUGUUCCUCAUCCAAUUUCCGUCCCAAUCUACAUAUGAUUGGAUCCUGAAGAGUGGUGUGUGGUUUUAUUAUGAAAAUCUUCUUUACUUGCGACAUUGGACUCUAAGAAUCAAUGCGGAGGACAUGGGGCGUGGGGCUCUCCCGAUCUGGCUCUGACUCACGAAUAUUCCGUUGGAAUAUAUUGAUAUAAUGUUC